AUGAGAAAAUAAAUCGCCAACAAUUCUCCCAAGCAGUCUAAACAAUCUGGUGUAAACAAAAAGAUUGUAAAGGAACCUAAACCAGAGGCGAAUCUUCGAAUUUUGCAUAUGACAGAAGAAUAAUAUUAAGAGAAAAUUGAAAAUCUGGAAUCAAGGAUUGCUGAACUCUAAGGUCCAGACAAUAAAACUAAGCGCAAGAGAUUGUAUCACGAGCUAGCAUAAUUAAAAAGAAAUGUUAAGUUAAUCGAUCCAAAUGUCAUCGAAGAAAAGAAAUAAAAAGAUUUAGAAAGAAGAAUUUAAAAGAAGUUAUCUAAAAAGCAAGAAACAGUUGAAGAAGUAUAAAAGGAAAAGAAGAAAUUAAAAAUGAAGGAGAAAGAUAAAGUUUGCCUCGUAUGCAAGAAGGUUGGACAUACUGCUUAACAUUGUAGAGAGAAUGUUCAACCCACCACUGAUGUUAUUUGUUAUAAUUGUGGUUCUUAAAAACACACCCUCAAAGAUUGCUAAAAACCUAAAUCUGGCUCAUUGAAAUUUGCUACAUGCUUUGUUUGCAAAGAGGCUGGCCACAUUAGUAGAGAUUGUCCCAAGAAUCCUAAAGGACUUUAUGCAUAUGGUGGUGGAUGCUAUAUUUGCAGUAGCACUCACCACACUCAAGCUAACUGUCCUUAGAAUCCUAAGAAUAGAAUCAUCUCAUAAUAAUAAUAAAAAUAAUAGGAUGAUUACAUGAGUGAUUGAUUCUGUAUAUAUAAUUUAGUAAUAAUAAUUGUAUUA